GUGGUGGCGCGAAAGGGCAAAUGGGCUGAGGCGGCCGAGCGAGAGGGAGGUGGAGUCCGCCGCCUUCCCGGCAGCCCUAGCGCCUAGCGAUGCGGAAGGGGCGGGGAAAUGGGCGCGCACGUCCGCUGAGGCGAAGAGACGGCGCUUCCUCGGCGGCGGCUGGUGACCGAAAGAACCCGGGUCCGAGGGGUUUGCCAAGAUGCUUUCGGAUUCCUAAAUCACCCUGACGAGACAUUUGGGGAGACAAAGCCGCAGGCGCAGAAGCGAGGACGAAUCGGGGCCAAUGCAGCAGCAACGAAGGCAGCCAGAGUUAGUGGGAGGAAACCUUCCCGUCUUCCUCUUCCCCACGGAGCUUAUCUUUUAUGCGGACGACCAGUCGACCCACAAACAGGUCUUGACUCUCUAUAACCCCUACGAAUUUGCCUUGAAAUUCAAAGUUCUCUGCACAACCCCAAAUAAAUAUGUCGUGGUAGAUGCGGCGGGCGCGGUGAAGCCUCAGUGCUGUGUUGACAUCGUGAUCCGCCACCGAGACGUCCGACCUUGCCACUAUGGCGUGAUUGACAAGUUUCGGCUCCAGGUCUCUGAGCAGAGCCAGAGGAAAGCGCUGGGGAGGAAAGAGGUCGUCGCCACGCUGCUUCCGGCGGCAAAAGAGCCGAAGGAAGAGGAGGAGGGCAGGAUCACGGAGCACCUGGCAGAGAGCGUCUUUUUCGAGCAGGCCUUGUGCCAGCCAGAAAACAGAAUCGCCUCAUCGGGGCCAAGUUUGCUCACCGUGUUCCUCGGAAUCGUCUGCAUUGCGGCUCUCAUGCUUCCCACGCUGGGAGAAGGGGGUUCCCUCGUGCCCCUCCACCUCCACUUAAGUGUGAAUCAAAAGUUAGUAGCGGCUUAUGUAUUAGGUCUCGUCACGAUGGUCAUAUUAAGAACAUGAGCAAUAACACAAUUGGAUGCCCAUCUUUUUUUUCUUUUUUUUUACCGCAUUUUAAAUCUGCCUCCUGAACGUGGGCCUCUUGACUCCUGUUUGGGUGCAAAAAUCAUCUGGUGAUUUGCAUCACUCUCUCUUUUUUUGGAAAGGAAAGUUUUAACUCUGUUUUCACCGGAAAGACUCGCCGCUCGGAAGCGCUUUUCGACCGACAGCUAGGAAACGGUUGAAGGAAAAGGGAAUUGGGAGAAACUUUUCUACCUUCAUCUAGCCGUGCAAAAAUCUCCUUUGUGCUUUCUUUUUAAAAUUGCAUGUUUUUAAAAUUCACGCAGACUUCAGUGUUUGACCGCCAUAGGAGCGCCAGCAGUUCUGUCUGCAAAUGUUCCAUUGGCCUGUAAGUAUUGCAAAUUUAAAUACAGAGGAAAACGCCAGGAUGGCAGAAUACAAA